AUGGAUGAAAGUCGUCACCAUGGCAGUCAGAAGGAACUUGGUUUCAGAAAACCCAAGAUCUUCAACAGUUCAGACCGUUCGAAGCUUAGGGAAUUCAUAAACCAAUGCAAGAACUAUAUGGCUGGGAAUAGCCAUAUCUACCAAGAGAACAAUCAGAAGAUUGCAUUUGUGCUGUUGCACAUGCAAGGAGGAACAGCAGAAUCAUGGGUGCAGAGUUUCAUAGAAACAAAACUCAUCAAUGACAACUUCCUUUCUUAUGGAAGUUGGAAGGAGUUCAUCACGGAUGUGAACAAAGCAUUCGGCGAUGAGAAUAUUGAAGAAACUGCUUGUACCUUGUUGCGUAACAUCAAGCAAGGAAUGCGUACUGCAGAUGACUACAUUGCCAAAUUCCAAUCGCUUGCACCCAAGGCGAAAUUAGAAGAUGCCAGAAGUAUCGAAUAUUUCAAGUGGGGACUUAAUGACCCACUCCGACAAAGGAGAUAUGGGAUGGAAAGCAUGCCCAAGACACUUGACAAGUGGUACGAAUACACCUCGCGGUUUGACAACCAAUGGAGAUCUGCUUAG